GAACCCUCAACUUGUCUGUAUGUACUUAUAUAGAUAACGUUGGGUAUUAAGUUUUGAUUUUUUUCGUUUAUUAAAGCAAAAGGUUCAAUUGGGACAAAUGCCGUCCCCAUUAAGAAAUUUUACAUACAAAACUUACAUAGAGUUGGGUUUCUACAUUGCCCUAUUAUUUUUUGUAGUCCCCUGUAAAAUAAAACUGGAUUCCGAGAUUAGGGAACAAUUCCAUGAAUACUUGAGCGACUUCAAUAAAUCCUAUCCGCAGGAAGCCGAGUUUCAGUUCAGAUUUGCUGCGUUCAAGAAAUCCUUAGCAAACAUCGAACAGCUAAAUGCCAACAAAACUAAGUCAUCAGCCCAGUAUGGCUUGACCAAGUUCUCUGAUUUCACAGCAGAAGAAUUCCUAGAUUUGCAAAAUAACAGGGCGGGAGUUAGAAGGGAUUUGAGGGGCGCAGCCCAAAGCCGUUUGAAAAAAGUGGCCUUAAGAAGCGCUUAUGAGAAGGAGCUCCCUCAGAUUGUUGAUUGGAGAAACAAAAAUGUAGUGUCCAAAGUGAAAAAUCAAAAAAAUUGUGGAGCUUGUUGGGCAUUUGCGGUUUCUGAAACUAUUGAAUCCAUGCAGGCGAUUAAGACGCAGCAAUUAACGGAUCUGAGCAUUCAACAAUUGAUUGAUUGUUCAUCGUACAAUAAUGGGUGUAAAGGAGGCGAUACUUGCGCCUUGUUGCGCUGGAUUAAAGUCAAUAAUAUUGCAAUCAUGAAUGAGACUGAUUAUCCGCUCGUACUUGAGGACCAAAAAUGCCAGAAGACUGAUAUGAGUGAAGGAGUCAAGGUUGGGACCUAUCAAUGUAAUAGUUUCGUCGGUAGAGAAGACAUUAUCCUGAAACUACUGGCGAUUAAUGGUCCAGUCGCGGUAGCCAUUAGUGGCGAAACUUGGCAAAACUACGUCGGAGGUGUGAUCCAGUUCCAUUGCGAAGGCGAUUUGAGCCAUGCCGUCCAAAUUGUUGGGUAUAAUUUAACAGCCAAAGUGCCCUUCUAUAUUGUAAGAAAUUCUUGGGGGGAAGAUUUCGGCGAUAAUGGUUAUUUGUACGUGGCCAUUGGAGGUAAUGUAUGCGGAUUAGCCUACGAAGUAGCAGCUGUGACUGUGCUUUAGAGUCCGGCAGUAAAGGUAAACAUGAAUUUUGCUUUAUGUGGGGUUUAAGACUGGGCCAAGGAACCAUUUGGGAAUCGUAUUUUCACAUUAAACGUGAAAAAUUACUUAAACUAAGUGAUGAUCUCGACUAUGGAUAAGAGCCUAGAUAUGUAAAUAUUAACGAAUUAUUACAAGCUUAAACAGU